AUGGUCACGGCCCACGGCCCUCAGUGGGGGCUCAGCCCUGGCGCGGCGGGGAGCCAUGUCCGUGCCCCGCUGCCAUCAGCCGGGAAGAAGGACAAGGAGCCCGCAGUGAGGCCUUGGAACACAGACCAGCGCGGGGAUCUCUCCAGCCUGCCCGGCUGCAGGAAAAUGCAGCGGGGACAGCACGUCAGAAUUCUUUUUACUGUGACUCUGGUCUGGCAGGCCAUUCAUUUAGGAAAAGGCCGUGAAAAAGAAGAACAUGAAAAAGAUGUGGAAAACGUCAAUGCCACGGCUCAGAAGCAACAGCCUAAAAAUGAAGAGACUGUUAUAAAUACUCUCAGUGACAUGAAUCAGAGCUACGAAAGCAGAAAGCAGCAGCACUCCAGGACAUUUGUACCUUUCCCUGGGAUUACAGAGAGUAAAAAGCUGAACAGGAACUGCUGCCAGAAUGGAGGGACUUGCAUCCUGGGCACCUUCUGUGCCUGCCAAAAGCAUUUCACCGGCCGGUACUGCGACAACUGCGGCAGCGUUGCCCAUGGUGCGUGGGUGCUGCAGGGCUGCCGGCUGUGCCGCUGUGGGUACGGCACCCUCCACUGCCUCUCCGACAUCAUGCACGGCGACUGCGAUCUGAAAGCAGAAGAGGAGGAAAUGCCCAGGCUAUAUUCUAAUGGCCGAAGACUACAGCAAACUCCAUUUGCACUCUUUUGCCUACUCCCCUUCAUCCUGGAGCUCUGCUGCUGGCAGCUAUGA